AUGCGGUGUCUGGUGUUGCUGAUGGUAUUCAUGUAUUUCUCCGUGGCAGUCGGCUCAAUAACGUUCACCACACAAGGGUUAUGGGAAUUUGUCAACCCCAUGAUCUUUGGCUUUGAUAUUCGGGGAAAGGACUGGAUCACGUUCAGGGUCAUGGCGUGCAAGGACUUCAAUAUCAAACUGUACUUCCGAGACCAAGAGAUGUACCGAAUGCUACUUGGAGGAUGGCACAACGGUAAAAGCCGAUUCUUCGCAUUUGGGACGUAUGAAGACGUCUCUGGGAAGGUCUUCACCUGCACUGGCUAUGAUGAGUUUUGGACCUCUUGGGAAGAUGGACAUUUUAAAGUUGGUCGUGGCAACCAAAAGGAUGUUGACAUUCUCUUCAGUGAUGCUGGGUAUACAGUUCCUGGCGUCGACAGCUUUACUGUGAAUGCCCCGAGCGGUUCAUUCAUUUUUGAGUAUGACAACUGUACGAGCCCUCCUGACAUCGAGAGACUUGAAGGGGUGAGAUAUACUGGGGGGUUUGUACUGCGGACCUACUCCAACGUCUCCGGGGCCUUCUGCAUCACGGAGUGCGUCCUCAGCAACAGGUGUUUCAGCCUCAGCUUCAACAGAGUCGACAGUGAAUGUGAACUAUUUACAACCCCCUUCAACGCAACAGACUUAUCAUCAGCACCAGGCUGGGAGUCAUACGUGUUCCCUGAUAUUAAGUUAUAUACCUGAAUUAACACAUUUAGUUUUUCAAGAUUUGUGGAGUGCUUAAUGUUCGGAAAAUUCAUUUAGAAUAAUGUUGCAAACUAGAUGUUGCACGAAUUUAAAAGAAUGUCCUCCCAUCGAACAUGGCAACUCCCAUUCUAUGGAACAACCUCCCAAUGUCGCUGACCUCCGCUCCAAGUCAACAAACUUUUAAAAAACAUCUAA